AUGGCGAAACUGUUUGAAGAAGUCUUUCAACCAGGAGGCUCUGGAGACAUCCUCUUAGUGAUUACCGAUCCCCGAGAUCCCAUGGGAGCCGAAGAUGCCCUCCGCCUUUGCUGCCACUCCUUGAUCCUGACGCAGCAUCCCUACUUCUACAAGAUGCUCAGCUCUGAGACUCCACUGAGAGAGGGCAUCAAUCGAGAGGCGCUGAUCUCCGAGCCACGCACAGAGUUUGUAGAGCUUCUUCGCUUCAUCUACACGAACCAAGUCGACAUCAACGAGCACACAGUUGUUGGCUUGUUGACCUUGGCAGACAAGUACUGCAUUGAUGAAGUUGUCAACCUGUGCCUCAAGUAUGUCAAGGACAACUUCGAUGCAGACAUGUUCUUCACCUUCUAUGACAUCACCACGCUCAACUCCACCUACCAAGCAAAAUUGAAGGUCCGAAACACCUUUUUGGACAUUGAGGAGAGGCCUGAGGCCUGUGACAUCGUCCGCUCUAAGACGGCGCCCCCCGGAAGUGCGGCUGCCUGGGACUUAGAUGACUCCGAUGAAGAGGAGGAAGAGGACGAGCAGCCCACUGCUGAUGCCGAGGCUUCAUCUCCGACGUCUCCUGAUGGAGAGGAGUUGGAGAAGGAAGAUGGAGCCCUCUGCAGAACUGCUGCUUAG